AUGGUGUGGGAUUUCUACCAAGGAAAGACUCUCUUUGUUACCGGGGGCACCGGGUUUAUUGGGACAACCCUUCUCCAUCGACUACUGAGCCAGUCCUCGCCGGAGCAUGUAUAUGUACUGUGUCGCGGAGGAGCGGAAAAGGCAAAAGCAAAAUGGAACGAUAUGCUCCCCACCUCAAUUGCCGCAACCCUAACCCGGAGCGAGCGCAUGACCAUCCUCGACGGAGAACUGGGCAACACAGCAACCAUGGACCUCGAAGACGACGUGCUACAGAUGCUGAAGCAAACCGUGCACAUCGUCAUUCACGCAGCAUCAUCAAUCCAUCUCCGUAUGUCCCUGCGCGAAUUGUCAUACUCGGUAACAGCGCCAACACUCUGCCUGACACAAUACGCGCUGAAAUUCCCCCACCUCGAGCGCUUCGUGUUUGUCUCCACCGCAUACGCCAAUGCUCAUCUGUGGAAGACAAAUGAAUCCGCCGAUGUGGCCGUCAAUGAACGAGUGUAUCCGCUGAACGGUGAAUCCCAAGACGACUAUGAGACCGCCGUGCGGGCAUGGCAUGAAGUACAGAAAAACGGGUCGUCAGAGGAAUACGACGCCCAUGAUUUCCCCUGGCCGUAUGCCUACUCGAAACAUCUGGCUGAGCGACUCAUCCUGCACAAAGCCGCUGAAAAAAAGGCCCUGCAUCGGGUUCUGAUUAUUCGGCCCUCCGUCGUUGGUCCUGCAGAUAACCUCCCCUACCCUGGAUUUGCGGUGCCCUAUGCAACCCCGUCAACUGCCUGUGCCGCAGCCUAUACACUACACCCAGGCCGCCAGAUUGUGUUAUCAUCACGAUGCCAGAAUCCCAACAAAGAGGCAACGAUCGACGAGGUUCCGGUAGAUGUAGUGGUCGAUCGGAUGCUAGCACAUACAGCAGCAGGUACGUCAGGAAUUGUGCAUGCUGUUAGCGGAGAGAAAGGCAGAUUGAGUCUUGAGGACUGGUGGUGGGCAUUCAAGAAGGAACGCCGUCUGCCCUGGAAUGCAAAGCCCGUCUGGACCUCGGAGGACUGGAAUUCACCCAAUCUUCAUCCGCUCGCUCGGUUCUUCAAAAUCAUUGGCACCUCAUUUGCGUUCUCGGACGAAAAGACUAUCCGGCUGGCGGAGACACUCAGCUCGGAGAAGGGCGAAAAGCUCAAUUUGUUUGCAGAUCGGUCCCAGCCUUAUUCCUUGGCGGCCAGACGACAUCACAUCCAUCAGGUUGCAGUGCAGACGGCGAAGAAGAAAAAGAUGCCGGGUUUUUUUGUGAGCUUGUUUUGUCGGAAGGGCAAAUCACUCACACACGUUAAUGACACGACCAAGGUAUGA